AAUACUGAAUUACGCAUACAAAAAUUAAACAGUUCCAGCACUUGCUGACUCCCCGGACGACAGUUUCGUAUCACUCGUAACCGUCAUUUUGAACGAAUCACUCGAAGCGUUUUCUGAAGCGUUCCGCCAACCGUUCCUCCAAUACCGCGGCACCGGUUUGUUUACAGCGAUGACAUUCGUAGUGCGUGCAGAUGUAAACAUAACCAUUCCUGUAGCGUCCAAAUGGAUUCCAGUACACACUCGCUUUCAACGGUCUGCCGAUUUUGUCUCUGCCGGGAUGAGGAUAAAUUGAUUCCUCUGUCGAUACUAACCGAUAAAUCACUUACCCUUGAGGAUAUGGAACUGUUUACCGGUAUUCAGAAUCUAAAUGACCAUCCUUACCUCUAUAUGGUGUGCGAAGAGUGCGACAGUACGGUGAAUAAGUUUGUUGCCUUUCGUGCGCUCUGCGCUAAGACUGAUGGUUACUUCCGGAAGCUCGUUACGGAAGCACUUGCAGAAAAUGACGAAACGCAGGCUCCUCCCAACGAGACCGCCAUUGUGGGUGACGCGGAGGUACAACAUAAUCAGCCGGAAGAGAGUGAAACUAUAUCAAGCCUACGUGCUGCUGCCAAAGAAGGCAAGCAGACCGUGGCAGAGGAUGCGAGUAAGAAGCUUUGCGACAUAUGCGGUGCCUUUGUAGCGGAGCUGAACGGGCACCGGCGCGUCCACACGAAGGAAGCACCGUACGCUUGCGACUACUGCAGCAUCAGGAUGACACACAAGUCCAAUCUGCUGCGGCACAUCGACUCGGUGCACCUGAAGCGCAUCAUCAAGCGCUGCGAGCAGUGCGACAAGGGGUUCACCAGCUACUUUUCCUACGGUUCACACAUGCGCUCCCAUCACUCGACGGAGAAGAAGUACGAGUGUAAAACGUGCUGCAAAAAGUUCAACCACCACAGCAGUCUGUGGCUCCACAACAUCCGCACCCAUCAGGAUGAGAGAAAGUACAAAUGCACGACCUGUGGCCUGCCCUGGAAGACGAAAGAGUCACUAAGGACGCAUGAACGAUCGCACUCGUCGGAGCAACCGUACGCGUGCCAGCAUUGCCCGAAGCGAUUCAAAACCCGGUACGGCUGGAAGUCGCACGAGCUGACGCACACCGGCAUCGUGUUCAGCUGCCAGCACUGCGACAAAACCUUCCGCUACAAAACCCUCAUCAAUGCGCACAUCCGCAAGGCGCACCCGGAGGCGACGACGGCGACGAGCAGCUAAAGGAAAACCCACAGAUCAAGAUAUGCUCUUUGUAGCAUUCGAAAGUUUGCCAUGAGCCAGCCGAAUGCUGCAGCCCGACACAUAUCACUAUCCUUGAGUCUAAUGGAAAAACAAAAACUUUUAUAAAUUUCUAACGCUGAAACCUUGGAAAAUCUGCCGCCAACCCCGGACAACAGAGUAACCUUGAGCGAAUCAGCUGACCGACUGAAGACUCUCUCUCACUCUCGUGACGCUCGGGGAGCCUCGCGGAAGCUCAGACUAUCCGCACCUAACCUUUGUGCAGUGAGGGAAAGCGAAGAAAAAAAAGGGGGGGGGGGUUGAGGAAAGAAAAAAAAACAGAUUCAGCCCAGUUCUAAUUCCAGUGAAAGGCCAGAUAAUUAAAGGUACAUGUUGCUGUGGUGUUGCUGCUACGGCGCUCACCUACAUUGGCUCGCGAUCGCGAUCAGACGUCACGAUCCGUUGAGCUUGUGCCGCCGCCGCCGCCGCCACCCCUUGGCCCGAUGAUGCGACAACGCCCGUUCAACACUUUCAAACCCGUUCAAGUGCAACGGCUUCCAUUUUGCAACGCUAAUAAUGUGUAUUAUGUGCCGCGAGUUCGAUUUGAUCUAUUGUGCUUCUUGGGCCGGCCAUUAUGCCAUGUUGAAAAAAACCCCGAACCGUAACAACAAACAAAAUCCAAACCAAAUGCAGCGUUAGACCGACUUACCUUGCGA